GCCAAGGGUCCGCGUGGUCCGACGAGCUUGGCUCGGCUGCCCUCCACGAGGGCGCUGCGGAGGAUCAUCAAGAGCGCGUUCUUCACGUCGCUGCCGACGAGCCUCUUGGUGGUCUUCCUCUGCAGGUCGCUGCUGAGCUUCAACAGCAGGGACUCGGGCGUCGGGGCCUUCAUAUCUCAGUGCAGCCCCUCGUUGAUCCCGUUCCUGACGCUAUACCCCGUGCUCCUGACGCUGGAGGGAGCCCUCUACAGCGUGCAGCGCCAGGACCAGGUCUUGAAGCUCAGCUUCUUCUUUUUCUUCCUCACCUGGACCUACCUGUCUGUGAUGCAGUACCGUGGUGCCCUGACGUUGUGCAACCUGUGGCUGGGCGCUGGCAUCACUUGCGGACUGGCAGGGCUGCUGGCCGUCGGCGUCACGACGCGGGCGCUGCGCAG